AUGCCUGCAUUUUCGUAUGCUCAAGCAGCCAAAGGCCUUGCGCCUUCAGCUGCCACUUCGGUCAAAGAAGUCAAGCCUGAUUCAGUCGAGCAACAACAGUCAUCAAAUCCUCAGCCGAAGUCUGAUACUCCAACGCAGCCUGCUCACAAGCCGUCCCGCAGUGCCAGCCGAACGGAACAGAACGACGCCAAACCACCAGUCAAAGACGAGAAAUCAACAGUCCUGGACCGCGAGGUGCCACAAGACAAGGACACCACUGCGUCAGCUCGACGCCCUCAACAGAAGUCAUCAGGGUCCAGUGUGGCCUCUCCAAGAAUACCUGCCGCCAAUGAGUCCGGGAAGGAGACCACAGUAUCAUCUGCGCCUGUCGAUCUGCCAGAGAGCCCCGCAAUCCUUGACCGAGACUCCAAUGCUAGCGACAAGGGCAAGAAUAAGGAGAACGACGAUGAUUGGGAAAAGGUCUCCAUACCCUCAAACGCUGCCGCAGACAAGGAGCUAAAGCCUGCCUCCAUUCCGGUGGUUAAUAUCUGGCAAAAGCGGAGGGAAGAGCAGGAAGCCAAGAACCGUGAGCUUGCGGCUCAGAAGCCCGGUACUACUGGCGCGCCCGUUGCCAAAUUGGCUGAAGAUGCCAAACGCAAGCCCGUACUUGACCGAGACUCAUCGCGAGCUGCCAACAAACACAACGAGCGUGCGGAGUCGAUUGCACCAGCUGCACAGUCAGCAUCUCAGGCCGGUAGGCCAGAUGCCAAACCACUUGUCGCCGAUACGACCGCUUGGCCGACUCCCGAAACUGUCACUGUUGACGACCGGAAGAAGUCUGUGACAGCGGAAAGAGGCGCGCCACAACCGGAGUCUCGUAACAACAAGUCACAUGGCAAGCAAUGGGUCCAAAUGCCUUUCGUGCCAACUGCAAAAUUCGAGACACAGCUUCCAGCAGGGGCUGCCAAACGCGGCGGGCGAUCGAGUCGCGCUGGUCGUGAUCCCAACGGGCGGGGUGGUCAGACUAACAACACUGAUCGCAUUGACAAUGCUGGGUCCAUGGCUCCACCGCCGGUGCCACGCGAGGAUCGCGGGCGUAAGAAUGAUGCCAGUCGGGGCGGCCGAGCAAGUUCUCUGCCAGCAAAUAAUCCUAGAGCAGCAAGCCGGGAAAGCAAUGUGGCUACGAGUCGAAAACCUUCGGCUCCCGUGACCAAAGAUAGUAUUCCACUCGCAGCAUCCGCCGCAGCACCGUUUGUUCCUGCCUCAGAAGCCAUCAACAGCAACGUCACGUCUCAGGACCCUUCGAGAUCUUCAUCAAGCCAGAAACGCACAGGCAACAAUUCGCCGAAAGCUGCAAAUAAUGCUGCUUCUCAAAGCCUCGAAUCAUCUACGGAAGCUCUGAGCCAAAUUCAGUUGACUGAAGGUACAGCGCGUCACAACAACGUGUCUGAGAGAGCCAGACCGUCUCAGGCAAGCUAUCGCUCGAAUGACUAUCCCAGACCCGAACGCGGCAGCACCGCUCGAAAAGACCGAGAAAAUGCAAGAGAAAAAGUAGAGUCGUGGAGAGAUCGCGAGUAUUCAGGCGAUGGACAACCGCGCUCGAACAGAAGUGAGCGUGGUCGUGGUAGUGGUUAUCGUGGCCGAGGAGGCAGUUCCUUCAACCCAGGUUACCAAGGGAAUCAGUCAUACACCUCGCCAUUGCCGCAAGGAGGUUUCGAUGCUCCGAAGUCCCAACACGAAUCUCGGUCAAGACAGUCAUCGCAGCCCUACGUUCAGACUGCUGCAUCUCAAGGUCGCAACCCGUCUCGUGCGCAAUCGAUACCCAUGCCGCAAAUGUACCCUCCACAGAACUACUAUGCCAACUUUCCUCCGCCGCAGCAAAACAUGGCACCUUUGCAGACCGACAUGCAGCCCUAUGGGAUGGCUCCUUCGAUGCCCAUGCAUCAGGGCAUCAUGAGCGCGAUGCCGUACAACGACAGCUUGAGCUCAUAUGCGGUCAUGUCUCUUGUUGCGACUCAAGUCGCGUACUACUUCUCCAUCGACAACUUGUGCAAGGACAUGUUUCUCCGCAAGAACAUGGACUCACAAGGCUGGGUACACCUGCACGUCAUUGCUGGUUUCAAGCGAAUUCAGGCUCUGACGGAAGACAAGUCUUCUUUAGAAGUCGUUCGCGGCGUCUUGUCAAACUUGCGUGCUGACAUUGAAUACACCGUCACCCAGAACGGCGAUGAGCUAGUUAGGCGCAAGGAAGGAUGGCAAGACUUCGUCCUUCCGAUGCCCGAGCGUCUGCCUGCAGCCCAGAACGACGGCCCUGGCUUCGUGGCUGACUUUGCGCCUCAUCAGUAUCAACAGCUACCUUAUGGGAGCGGUGAUGCAACGCCGUUCGUGCCCAAUCAGGUUAGAAGUCCUCCUGCAGGCACGAAUGGUAUGUACCAUGGCCCUUCCUCUCCUCCGGCGUUCAGCAUGAUUCCGCCAUUCGACGGUAUGGGUGGAGAUGAACGCAUCCAAAUGCCCCAGAGCGCCCGCUUCGAUCAACGCGAUCCCUCCUUUGGCCAAGAGCCACUUCGCCGACAAGAGUCAGGACGCGGUGUGUCAGCCACGCACCCGAACGGUUCAGCCGUCAACGGUCACCGCCGGACCGUCUCCCGAAGUUUCACAGAUGAGAACGUGUUCCCCGACGAGCAGAUCUCAACAGUGCACGUUCUGAAACGUGCGCUCCCUGAAGCUGGCGAAGAUAGAGGCAUGUCCACUGUUGCACCUGUCCGGUCAAACGAAAGCCAGAACUCGCGUGGCGGCAUGGGUCGCAAGCCAUCUGAACAACUUGGUCUUCGCUUGCAAGGCUUGAAGUUUGGCUCUGAUACAGAUGCUCCUGCAGUGGUCACAAAGGAUGGUCAGAAGAUGCGUUUGCCCGACCAGCCGUCAGAUGGCCACUAUACCCAACCCUACCCUGUCGCAUACGCGGAGGCAAUUCAAGAUCGCGAACACGGCAUCGAAGACGCCAUGGAUGGCAUGUACGCAUUCUGGCCGUCGUUUCUAGUCAGUCAAUUCAAUUUGACUUUGUACAAUGACUUUAAAUCAUCAGCCAAGGAGGACACCGAUCGUGGCGAUGAACGAGGCUCGAAGGCUUUGUUCCGAUACUAUGAAGGCGCUCUAAAGGAGACUUCACCAAUAUCAGUACAUGUGGCUCAAGACCUUGUCGAUCUGCUCCGCAAGGAGACUGGUCCUGAGAAGCCCAUUCUCAAGCUGUUACGUCAAGUAUGGCGCGACGGCGCACUCAACCUGAAGUCGCGCAAGCGUAUUCAGGACAACCUCACCACUGAAGAGAAGACUCAGCUGGACCGUGCUGGCUGA